AUGCUUAAAAAUAAGCAAGGUUCGCUUAUUGGCAGUACUAGUCCAUUUGUAACUCAAUCAUCAUUAACAGUUUAUUUUUCGCAAAUACCAUCGAUGGUAUUUAGCUUAACUUCGGAAUGUGAUCCAAGUUCACAAGUUCGAAAACCGUCUGCAGUAAACAACAACACAUAUUUUUAUUGCGAUUCGCAAGGGCAGUUUUCUUUGCGCAAGUGUCCGGAUGGCAAUUAUUUCAAUACAAAAUUAUUGGAAUGCAUGGAAGAAAUUAGAUUAGCAGAUGAAGCUGAUCCAUUCUUAUUGCCUCAGUUUCAAGCACCUGAGGAUUUGUGCGGAAAUGGUACCCCUCUAACUCGCUUGAGUGCUCCUGUCGUUUGCAACCCAUCGAUCAGCAGUUGCCCUGAUGGAUAUAGUUGUACUAAAUACGGCAAAACUGGUACCGCAUAUUGCUGUCAAGGUGCUGGAGAUGAAACAGAAGAUGCUGAAUAUUAUUGUCAGAAUGAUGAAGUAACUUAUUUCAAGAAUUCAAACGGAAAGCCUCAAAUUUGCUCAGUAAGGGAUGAAAGUUCUUGUCCGCCAGGUUUUUCAUGUACUCUUAUCCGAAAUGGCGCCGUCAAUAAUGACUUCGGUUUCCGAUGUUGUGGUAAACAUUUUGGUUGCCCACCAAAUUCAGCUGCACAGAUCAAUCGAAAAACCAAUUCUUUUGUAAUUUGCUCAUCAGUGAGGUCAUGUGAGAAUGGCUUUGCAUGUGUCCCUAGCACUACUGCCAAUGCUAACAUUUGUUGUUCAGACACAAAUUUUGCAGCACAAAAGGUUUGUCCUGCUGGCAAACCUCUUUAUAGUGGUCCCACGUCAUGUUCCGAAAAGUCACCUUGUCCUAAUGGAUACUUCUGUGUAACAAGCAACAAGAAAAAUUAUUGUUGUCCUUCACAAGAAAAAAUUUGUCAUUUGCCGCAAGAAGCCGGUGAAUGUGGAAGUGACCAGUGGAGAGUGAUAGUUACCCGUUAUUAUUUCGAUACAAAAACAGGCACAUGCAGAUUAUUCAACUACAGUGGUUGCAAUGGAAAUGAUAAUAAUUUCGAGAGUAUGGAGCAGUGUCAAAGCUUUUGUCUUGCUCAGCAAUGUGAAGUUGGUGUGGCAUACCGUAUGGACGCGGUAAAUGCAGCAUGUUCUCCGCAGGUCCGAAAGUCUUGUCCAGAGCAAUUUACCUGUCAAGAGCCAGUCUUCGGACCUGUCUCGAUAUGUUGUCCUGAUCCACAAAAAGUGUGCAAUGAAGCACCCUCUGCUGGGACGACGUGUUUUGGCAAGUCGAUGACCACUCGGCGAUAUUACUUUGAUCAAAAAAGACAAAAAUGUCAAGCUUUUGACUACUAUGGAUGUUCUGGUAACAGCAACAAUUUCCGUAACGAAACACAGUGUGAAGAUUUUUGCUUGUUCAAUGCUGAACAAGUUUGCGAUAGCAGUGCUGCACUAAAAGAUCCAAGUGGACGCUUACAGAAGUGUAAUACCUUUUCAACAUGCCCUUCCGGAUAUUACUGUAACAAAAAACAGUACUGUUGCCCUACGCCUGUUCCUAUGAGUAGUGGAAAUUUAUGCUCGAUGUCGAGAAAGCAAACUGCUUGGUAUUAUAAUGCAGUCAGUGAAAGCUGCUUACAGUUUACAUAUUUAGGCUGCGAUGGCACAGCAAAUCGUUUUACAAGUGAAGAAGCUUGCAUGAUGCAUUGUGCGAAGAAUCAAAAACUUGGCAAAUGUCCUUUAGGAAUGUCAUUAGUUUUAGAUGACCAAAAAACGCUCCCGAGGACUUGCAAACUGAAUAUUGCUGGUUCAUGUCCAGAGUGGUCAUCGUGUGUCCCAUCAUCUACCAAUACUCCCAUCUGCUGCACAACAGAAGCUAAGUGUCCUGACCAUCGCAUACCAUACGUCAUCCCAAAUUCUGAUUCAUUUGUCAGUUGUCGACCAGAUAACGACAUUUGCCCAACAUCGUCAGAUUGUAUGGAAAGUUCAGUGCCAGGUUUCUACAUGUGUUGCUUGCAAUCAACUGGUAAUGCUUUGGACAUGGUUUCGGAACCAGAAGCAGUUUGCCCUGAAAAUCUUGCAAGUAAUGGUCAGACUUGUGACAUUAAUGCUGACGUAAAUUGUCCAAAAGGAUAUACAUGUCUGAAUCAUUUACCAUCCCGUAAUGGUUUAUGUUGCAAAGCAAGACCAGUUUGCCUCAAAGGAAAGACUUACUACACGACACGACGAAAGGCUCAUAUCUGUGGUCAAGGAUUAGAAGUGUGCCCAAAAGGUACUGCUUGUUUGAUAUCAUCAGUACCAAACAUAAAUAUUUGCUGUAAAUUUGCAUCUCACCCGUCUGCAACGUCAAGAUUUUUACGUCCUAAUGUGAUCACGCCACUUUGUUCUAAUGACCGCAUUCCAUUUUAUGACCCUGGUAAACAGUGCUUAACCUCUCAUCGUGGUCAGUGUCCUGCUAACUUUAGCUGUCAAGUGGCAAAAUCCGGUGGCUUGUACUACUGCUGUCCCGUAUCUCCCAAUGAAUGUAUCAAUGGUCACAAAGCGUACACACCACCUGGUUCCUCGGUUCCACAAACGUGCAGUAUCAAAUUCAAUAGUUGCCCUCCAGGCUACAGCUGCCACCCGUCAGUAGAUGGCUCUACCACGUUCUGCUGCUUGGAUCUUGCUGCUGCUGCAGAAUGUCCAGUUGGCUCCUCUGCCUACCUUUAUGCAAAUCGUCCUCUAGCAUGUCCACCAGGCUCAAACCGUUGCCCAAAUGGCUAUACUUGCACUAGAUCUACCGUAUACAGUGUACAUCUUUGCUGUUCUGCGUCACUUUCACCAGUACUUAUGUGUGCUGGUGGUAUAGCAUACAUUGAACCAGUAACAAGUGAACCACAGCAAUGUUCACCUUUGAUGAACAACUGUCCACCAGGUUAUUUGUGUCAGGAGAGUACUUCUACUGGUCAUUACUUGUGUUGUACAUCGGGACAUCUGAAUACUCUUUAUACAGGAUACUGUCCAAUUGGCCAAAUACCGUACGUCCGAUAUGCAAACGAAGAACCCUCAACAUGCCACAUGACUCUGCGACCUUGUCCCACAACCGCACAAUAUUUGUGCAUAUACAGUGCUGAAAAGUUGGAUUCAUACUGUUGUGCACCUAUCGAUACCACUUUUAUUGCUCAACCAGAAACUAUCAUUCAGUCCGAGACUUUGAGUAUCACGGGUGACGCGCAGUCAGGAUGUCCAGUGGGAUCACAACCAUUGUUGGAUCACUGGAAUCGAAUUCAAAGCUGCAAUCCUGAAUUGUGCCCUCAAACUUAUGCAUGCUAUUACUCUGCACAGCAUACACGUUAUCAGUGUUGUUCAAGUCUACCAGAAAAUUUUCAAGGAGCACUUGGGUUUGCUGCCGAUCCUGUUGAAAGUAUCUGCGAACGUGGAUCAGCCAAGAAAGGAUGUGAAGAAAACGAUCAGUGUUCUAUGCGUGUUUCCGAAGCCCGAUGCGAACGUGGUUACUGCGUAUGUCCCCGCAAUAAAUUGAUACACCAAUCGAAAUGUGUAACACACUGCCCCGAAGGAUUCAUUGACAUAGCAGCAAGAUGUCGUGAUUUAACAACUAUAGUAUUUAUGGAUUCGGUCGAUGAACGUACAAACGGUACUAUCGGUGGUUUUUGCAAAAAUACCGUUAUUGUAGAAGAGCAAUGUGAUGUGAAUGGUUCAUACUGCAAUGAAAUUACAGUUACUUGUCAAUGUAAACCAGGAUACGAACUAAACUUUGACAUGGAUAACCGCAAUGAUACCGGGUCCUGCGUUAAAAUGGAAGAGAGUAAGUAUGCUCAUCAAACAUCAGACAAACUAGACAAUUCGGCUUCGAUAGGUGUUUCAGAGCAAAUGGACAAUGAUAACAACAUAUGGUUUAAUAGUACACGAUUAUCAAUAGAGAACAUUGAAUUAGAGGAUGAUGCUGAUGAUUUAGGAAGAUAUUUACUUCAAACUGAUGACGCUACUAUACAUGGAAAUUGAAA